GUGUUUUACUUCGGUAACCGAUCAAGAGAUAAUAUGGCGGACAUGGAUUCGAAAAACUGGAAACAACUACUCCAUACGUUAUCAAAUUCGUCGAGUUCCUCUUCUCAUAAGGAGAAAACGGAUAGAUUUAAAGCCAUACUCUCAUCAAUUCUAAAGAACGAAGAAAAAAAUCGUACUGAAGGCCUUAAAGACUUUGUUGAUGCCUUGGUCAACGAGAAUGUCAGUUUGGUGAUUUCUAGACAACUACUAUCUGAAUUUUGUACGGAAUUAAAAAAAUUACCAGACGACAACGUAAUCACUGUAUCUCGCUAUACUCUGGAAAGAUUAAAUCCACGAGUAAUCUCAUUCGAAGAACAAGUUGCUAAUAUUCGACAAUACUUAGCUGAAGUUUACGAAAAAUGUGGAGAAUGGAAGAGUGCUGCUACAACCUUAGUCGGAAUACCACUAGAAACUGCUCAAAAGCAAUAUUCUAACGAUUACAAAUUAGAAACUUACUUGAAAAUUGCACGAUUAUAUUUGGAAGAUGAAGAUCCUGGUAGAGCCGAACAAUAUAUCAAGAGAGCAUCUAUGUUAGUCACAGACAGCAGUAGGAAUGACUUACAAAUUUAUUAUAAAGCAUGCUAUGCAAAAGUUUUGGAUUAUCGUCGAAAAUUUAUUGAAGCCGCCCAAAAGUAUAAUGAAUUGUCUUAUAAGACAGAAGUUGAUGAACCAGAAAGAAUGAGGGCUUUGAGGAAUGCAAUAGUUUGUACAAUUUUGGCAAAGGCUGGACAAGUGCGAUCAAGAAUGUUGGCCACUUUAUUCAAAGAUGAAAGGUGUCAAAUGUUUACUUUUAUAUCCAUUCUAGAAAAAAUGCAUCUGGAACAUAUUAUCAAAACAACAGACGUAACAGAAUUUGAGAAACUUCUAUUACCACAUCAGAAAGCUGUUGCAUCUGAUGGGGGGACUAUCUUAGAAAGAGCUAUAAUUGAGCAUAAUCUUCUCUCUGCCUCAAAGUUAUAUAAUAAUAUUUCUUUUCAAGAGCUGGGAGCUCUGUUAGAAAUUGAUCCUUUACGAGCUGAAAAAAUAGCUUCUCAGAUGAUCAGCGAAGGUCGAAUGAAUGGGCACAUUGAUCAAAUUGCAAUGAUUGUUUACUUUGGAUCGAGUGAUCCACUACCUAGUUGGGAUAAACAAAUACAUGGUUUAUGCUUCCAAGUUAACAACAUAAUUGAAAGAAUUACAUCUGCUUUUCCUGAUUGGUUAGGAGCAACUAUUGAAAGAGAAAUGGCGAACUCUUGA